GUUUUAGCUCUUCGUCUCUCCCGAAACUAAAAGUAAUGAAAAGGGAUUACUUUCUGUUUCUGGGUAUCAUCAUCAUUCUCCUCCUCCUCUCUGGGUUUGUAGCUUCAGCUCCUUCAUCAACUUCACCAGCGAAGAUUGUUAGUGGGUUCAUCUCAAAUCACGGAACUUCCCUCAUGAAAUGGCUAUGGUCUUUCAAAACCACCUCCAAAACAGCGGUUUCUACGAAGUCGAUGGUGAAAUUCGAAAAUGGGUAUUCAGUGGAAACGGUUUUAGACGGAAGCAAACUCGGUAUCGAACCUUACUCUCUCCAGGUCUUGCCUAACGGCGAGCUGCUUAUUCUUGAUUCUGAGAAUAGUAACGUUUACAAGAUUUCAUCUUCUCUUUCCCUAUAUAGCAGACCGAGGCUUGUUACUGGCUCACCUGAAGGAUAUCCAGGUCAUGUGGACGGUAGAUUAAGAGACGCGAGGUUGAACAAUCCAAAAGGGCUUACGGUGGAUGAUAGAGGGAAUAUCUAUGUUGCAGAUACUGUGAAUAAUGCUAUCAGGAAGAUCAGUGAAGCAGCAGGAGUCACAACCAUUGCUGGGGGGAAAAUGGUUCGUGGGGGAGGAGGUCAUGUGGAUGGUCCGAGUGAAGAUGCAAAGUUCUCAAAUGAUUUCGAUGUUGUUUAUGUUGGAAGCAGCUGUUCUUUGCUGGUUGUUGACCGUGGAAACCGAGCUAUUAGAGAGAUCCAACUCCAUUUCGAUGACUGUGCCUAUCAUUAUGAAAGUGGCUUUCCUCUUGGAGUUGCGGUUCUUAUAGCAGCUGGCUUCUUUGGUUAUAUGCUGGCUCUAUUGCAACGCAGGCUUGGUUCUAUCCUUUCAUAUCACACUGAUCAAGAUAUAUACAAAGCUGUUCCUGAUCAAAAGCCUUUGAAACCAGCCAGACCACCUCUGAUUCAAACCAGAGAUGAGCAGGAGCAGCAAGAAGAAAGCUUCCUGGUGCCGUUCCAGGUAUUCAUGUCGAAUGCUCGGUUGUUUUUAGCGGAGCUAUUCGGUCUCAAAAAGAAGCAGACAGUAAGCUUCAGCUUCACUCACCAAGAAACAAAUCAUUCUUCUGCUUAUAGCACAGCUCCAUGGCCAGUUCAAGAGAGCUUCGUGAUACACAACAAAGACGAACCACCCCCCGUCGAGACGAGAAACUUCACUCCCAAAAAGACUUACCCUUUCAUGUCCAAAGACGCAGAGAGUAUCGAAAAGCUUCGUCAGAGCCGUGCCUUGUUCAGAAGCUUGGACCCUGAAUUCCGCCAGGAGCAGCAACAACAGAAGCAUAGGCAUAAGCAGCAUCACCGUAGGCAUCACUCAACGAUCCCACCCACUCAUUAUGAGAGGAUCAGUGAGAAGACUAAUGAGGUUGUAUUUGGAUCGGUCCAGGAGCAAUACCAGAGGCAAGUGGCAGCAGAAGCAGGUACUGCUAAGCCUACGGAGUAUGGAGAUCAGAUGAAUAGCCACCAGAAUCCCCAUUACGGAGCACACACUGUAAGUUACCCAUAUGGUUACUAUUCCUAUACAUGA